UGAUUUUUAUUUUUACUGGAGCGGAUCCUAUACAAAGACACCGACCGUUUAUUUAGACUUCUCUCCUGCCACAUUCUGGCUUCCGCCCCCGCACUCACGGCUACAUGACCCCGCCCCGGAACCUUGUGUCUCCGGAACUAGAUGACGAAGUGCUCUACGUUACACCGGACGCAACUCUCAGGGGACGCUUCCGGCGAGGGAACAUGGCUGCCCCUGCGGGCGACUCACGUGUGAGAACGGGGAAAAAGCUGAAAAUUUCACUAAAGAAGAAGAAGAAGGUGAAAAUGGUAGCCAGGACUGUAGCAUCUGAGUUGGAAGAUGAGGACCGAGACGCUGCUGACAGUAGAGCUCCUAUAAGAAGCUGUGGAUCAGAAGAGGAUCACUUUUCUUCUUCUGAUGAAGCAGUAGAAGCUGACAAUGAAGAUGAAAAUGCUGCAGGGGCUGCUGUCGGGACUAACAUGGGCUGGGCAGAUGCCAUGGCUAAAGUCCUUAGCAAGAAAACCCCCCAAAAUCAGUCUACUAUUCUGGUCAAGAACAAAGAGCUGGAAAAGGAAAAAGAAAAGUUGAAGCAAGAGAGGCUAGAGAAAAGAAAGCAGCUUGAUAAGAAGCGAGAAUGGGAAAUGAUGUGCAGAGUAAAGCCAGAUGUCAAAGACAAAGAAACAGAGAGGAAUCUUCAGAGAAUUGCAACAAGGGGUGUUGUGCAGUUAUUUAAUGCUGUUCAGAAGCAUCAGAAGAAUGUUGAUGAAAAGGUUAAGGAGGCUGGAGGCUCUAUUAGAAAGCGUGCUAAGUUGAUAUCAACUGUUUCCAAGAAAGAUUUCAUCAGUGUCCUGAGAGGGAUGGAUGGAAGUACAAAUGAGAAAAGUUCGACAGGAAAGAAUUCAAAAGCCAAACAGACUAAAGUGAAAUCAAAAGACAGCCCAGGUUGGACGAUCCUACGUGAUGAUUUCAUGAUGGGGGCGUCCAUGAAAGACUGGGACAAAGAAAGUGACGGACCGGACCUCCGCAGGCCAGGAUCUGGAAGGGACUCCGACACAUGACUCUAUGUGAUCAGAAACAAAAUGGACAAACAUUUUAAUUUUCCUAGAAAAAUACCUCAUGCUGUGAAAGUUGGGGAAUUAAAAGGAUACUGUUUGUAAAAAAAAGCCAAAAGACUUACUUACUAUUACCAAUUUUAAUGUUUCCUUUUUUUAUGUCAAAUUCUGUUAAAAUUACAUUUUUAAAACCUUGUAUAAUUUUAAGCAUUGUUCCUUAGAACACUUGUAAAAAGAAAUAUUUCUACUUGGCCAGAGAGAGAUACACAUUUUUCCAGGAUCAUUUUAUGCUUGCAUAUUGGUCAUGGAUAUUGGUGUUCUGUUUCAGUGUUAACCAGUAUUUCUAGAAAUGUAAUAAAUAAUCUUCAUGAUUAAAAUGAA